CGCCCGCGUUCCUUUCUGCCUGAGGUCAGGGCCCAGGGAAGAGCGCGCCGUCGGUCGGAAUAUCCGGAGGGCAGUUCCGCUGGGCGUCCACACCCUCCUCGCCCGCCGCUCCCUCCGUGCCAAGCUGGGCGGCGGGUGUCUGGACUCGCGGCCGCAGCUCGGGGGUUGGGCCGUCCCCCGGGGUAACUUCAGCGCAGAAGGUGGAAAUGCGGAAGUUCCCAGCCCCGACUGACAGAUGAGGCUCGCGUCUCGCUGGGCAUGUGCUGCAGCGGCUCUGCGGCGCGCCAGACCCCGGCUCUCCACAGCCCGCGACCCUAGAAGCCGACGUGCAGCAGGCGGGCCAUGGCCACGCUCCCGAGCGCAGAGCGCAGGGCGUUCGCGCUCAAGAUCAACAGGUAUUCUUCAGCGGAAAUAAGAAAACAGUUUACUCUCCCACCAAACCUUGGCCAGUACCAUCGACAGAGCAUAAGUGCCUCUGGCUUCCCCUCUCUUCAACUACCUCAGUUUUAUGACCCCGUGGAGCCCGUGGACUUUGAAGGACUUCUGAUGACACACCUGAACAGCCUGGAUGUGGAGCUCGCCCAGGAGCUGGGAGACUUCACGGAGGACGACUUGGACGUGGUGUUCACGCCAAAGGAAUGCAGGACUCUGCAGCCUUCUCUGCCGGAGGAAGGGGUUGAACUGGAUCCUCAUGUCAGGGACUGUGUUCAGACCUAUGUUCGGGAGUGGCUCAUUGUGAACCAGAAAAACCAAGGAAGUUCGGACACUUGCGGCUUCAAGAAGUCUGGAUCCCGAAACGAUUUUCACAAGACGCUUCAGAAACAGACUUUUGAGUCAGAAACCUUGGAGUGCAGUGAACCCAGUUCUCAGACAGGCCCCCGCCACAUAAACGUGCUGUGUGGUGUCUCCGGGCAACGCCCCCUCACUGCCUAUGGCUUUGACCUCCGCAGCCAGCAGCCGGAUCAGCGGCUGGAAAACCUCCUGCAGCACGUUAGUGCCGAGGACUUUGAGAAGCAGAACGAGGAAGCCCGGAGGACCAACCGGCAGGCCGAGCUCUUUGCCCUUUACCCAUCGGUGGACGAGGAGGACGCUGUGGAAAUUCGACCAGUACCAGAAUGUCCAAAGGAACAUCUGGGCAACAGAAUAUUGGUCAAGUUGCUGACCCUGAAGUUUGAGAUUGAAAUUGAGCCUCUGUUUGCCAGCAUUGCCCUCUACGAUAUUAAAGAAAGGAAAAAGAUCUCAGAAAAUUUUCACUGUGACCUGAAUUCUGACCAGUUCAAAGGAUUUCUGCGAGCUCACACCCCCUCUAUGGCCCUCUCGAGUCAGGCCAGAUCUGCAGUGUUCUCGGUCACCUAUCCAUCCUCAGACAUCUACCUGGUAGUCAAGAUUGAAAAAGUCCUUCAGCAGGGAGAGAUUGGAGACUGUGCAGAACCCUACAUGGUUAUCAAAGAAAGUGAUGGUGGAAAGAGUAAAGAAAAGGUUGAAAAACUAAAAGCUCAAGCUGAGUCCUUCUGCCAGCGUUUGGGGAAAUACCGGAUGCCCUUUGCCUGGGCCCCCAUAAGCUUAGCAAGCUUCUUCAACGUCUCCACCCUCGAAAGGGAGGUAACCGACGUGGAGGCCGUGGUUGGGAGAAACUCUGUGGGUGAGCGGAGGACUCUGUCCCAGUCUAGAAGACUUUCUGAAAGAGCCCUCUCCUUGGAGGAAAAUGGGGUUGGAUCCAACUUCAAAACCACCACCAUGGCCAUUAACAGCUUUUUCAAGCAGGAGGGAGAUCGCCUUAGUGAUGAGGACUUAUUCAAGUUUUUAGCUGACUACAAAAGAUCUUCAUCCUUACAGAGAAGAGUCAAGUCAAUUCCAGGCCUGCUCAGACUGGAAAUUUCCCCAGCUCCAGAGACACUUAAUUGCUGUCUGACUCCUGAAAUGUUGCCAGUGAGACCGUUUCCUGAAAACCGGACUCGUCCACACAAAGAAAUUUUAGAAUUUCCUAUCCGGGAAGUAUAUGUCCCUCACACUGUGUACAGAAACCUUCUCUAUGUCUACCCCCAGAGGCUGAACUUUGCUAACAAACUAGCAUCCGCCCGGAACAUUACAAUAAAGAUCCAGUUUAUGUGCGGUGAGGAUGCUAGCAACGCUAUGCCGGUCAUCUUUGGAAAGUCCAAUGGGCCUGAAUUUCUGCAGGAAGUGUACACAGCCAUCACAUACCAUAAUAAGUCUCCUGACUUUUACGAAGAAGUGAAAAUUAAGCUCCCGGCGAAGCUCACGGUAAAUCACCACCUCCUGUUCACCUUCUAUCAUAUCAGCUGUCAGCAGAAGCAAGGAGCCUCCGUAGAAAGUCUCCUGGGAUAUUCAUGGCUGCCAAUUCUCUUAAAUGAACGUCUUCAAACUGGAUCUUACUGUCUCCCAGUUGCCUUGGAAAAGCUGCCACCCAACUACUCCAUGCAUUCUGCAGAGAAAGUCCCUUUACAGAAUCCUCCCAUUAAGUGGGCUGAAGGACAUAAGGGAGUAUUUAAUAUUGAAGUGCAAGCUGUUUCUUCCGUUCACACUCAGGACAACCAUCUUGAGAAGUUCUUCACUCUCUGCCACUCCCUGGAGAGCCAGGUGACCUUCCCCAUCCGUGUGCUGGAUCAGAAGAUCAGCGAGACUGCGCUGGAGCACGAGCUGAAGCUCAGCAUCAUCUGUCUGAACUCCUCCCGCCUGGAGCCCCUCGUGCUGUUCCUGCACCUAGUGCUGGACAAGCUUUUCCAGCUGUCCGUGCAGCCCAUGGUCAUCGCUGGCCAGACAGCCAACUUCUCCCAGUUUGCCUUUGAGUCCGUGGUGGCCAUCGCCAACAGUCUCCACAACAGCAAGGACCUGAGCAAGGACCAGCACGGGCGGAACUGCCUGUUGGCCUCUUACGUGCACUACGUCUUCCGGCUGCCCGAGCUGCAGAGGGAUGUGCCAAAGCCAGGCGGCCCCGCUCCCCUCCCUGAUCCUCGCUACCACACGUAUGGACGCACUUCUGCUGCCAUCGUGAGUUCCAAGCUCAUGCAGGCCCGGGUGAUGAGCAGCAGCAACCCAGACCUCGCGGGAGCACACUCUGCAGCUGACGAGGAGGUUAAAAGCAUCAUGUCUUCAAAGAUUGCUGACCGCAACUGCAACCGGAUGUCAUACUAUAGCUGUGGCAAUAAUGAUGUUCCGAGCUCGACUACAGCCCCACGGCCAGCCAGCAAAAAGCAUUUCCAUGAAGAACUUGCCCUGCAGAUGGUGGUCAGCACUGGAAUGGUGAGAGAAACCGUCUUCAAGUAUGCCUGGUUCUUCUUUGAGCUUCUGGUGAAAAGCAUGGCGCAGUAUGUGCAUAACAUGGACAAACGGGACAGUUUUCGGAGGACUCGUUUUUCCGACCGUUUCCAAGAUGACAUAACUACUAUUGUUAAUGUGGUCACCUCGGAGAUUGCAGCCCUUCUAGUAAAACCUCAGAAGGAAAAUGAACAAGCGGAAAAGGUGAACAUCAGCCUGGCUUUCUUCUUGUAUGACCUUCUCUCGCUUAUGGAUCGUGGCUUUGUGUUUAACCUCAUCAAACAUUAUUGCAAUCAGCUGUCAGCCAAGCUCAAUAACCUUCCAACACUCAUUUCCAUGAGGCUGGAGUUCCUGAGAAUCCUCUGCAGCCACGAACAUUACCUCAAUCUGAACCUCUUCUUUAUGAAUGCUGACACCUCUCCAGCAUCUCCCUGCCCCUCCAUAUCGUCCCAGAACUCAAGCUCCUGCUCCAGUUUCCAGGACCAUAAGAUCGCCAGCAUGUUUGACCUGACUCCUGAGUACCGUCAGCAGCACUUUCUGACCGGCCUCCUCUUUACUGAACUGGCGGCUGCCCUCGACGCCGAAGGGGAAGGGAUCAGCAGAGUGCAGAGGAAAGCUGUCAGUGCCAUAAACAGCCUGCUAAGUUCUCACGACCUGGACCCACGAUGUGUCAAGUCAGAGGUGAAGGUCAAAAUCGCUGCCCUUUACCUGCCUUUGGUUGGCAUCAUUUUGGAUGCUUUGCCACAGCUCUAUGAUUUUACAGCUGCGGAUGCCCGUAGUGGAAAAAAUCGUGCCAAUGGCUCGGAUGAAGAACAGGAUGGGGCAAGUGCAAUUAACCAGAAUGUGGCACUGGCCAUAGCUGGGAACCAUUUUAAUUUGAAGACAAGUGGAACAAUGCUGUCUUCCUUGCCCUAUAAGCAGUACAACAUGUUGAAUGCCGACACCACCCGCAACCUCAUGAUUUGCUUCCUCUGGAUCAUGAAAAAUGCCGAUCAGAGCCUCAUUCGGAAGUGGAUUGCCGACCUGCCAUCCAUGCAACUAAAUAGGAUUUUAGAUCUACUUUUCAUCUGUGUCUCGUGUUUUGAGUACAAGGGAAAACCGAGUUCUGACAAAGUCAGUACCCAAGUCCUGCAGAAGUCAAGGGAUGUCAAGGCCAGGCUGGAAGAGGCUUUGCUCCGUGGGGAAGGGGCCAGAGGGGAGAUGAUGCGGCGCUGCCGGACUCCAGGGAAUGACCGAUUUCCAGGCUUAAAUGAAAAUUUGAGAUGGAGGAAAGAGCAGACACAUUGGCGGCAAGCUGCUGAGAAGCUAGAUAAAACAAAGGCAGAGUUAGAUCAAGAAGCCCUGAUCAGUGGCAAUCUGGCAACAGAAGCAAAUUUAAUCAUCUUGGAUAUGCAGGAAAAUAUUAUCCAGGCAAGCUCGGCCCUGGACUGUAAAGACAGCCUGCUGGGAGGUGUGCUGAGGGUCCUGGUGAACUCCCUGAGCUGCGAUCAGAGCACCACCUACCUGACGCACAUGCUUUGGCGACACUCCGUGCUCUCAAUUGCCAAGUUCGGAGACCUGCUGUUUGAGGAGGAGGUGGAGCAGUGCGCGGACCUGUGCCAGCGGGUGCUGCACCACUGCAGCAGCAGCAUGGACGUCACCCCGGAAGGCCAAGCCUGUGCCACCCUUUACCUCCUCAUGAGGUUCAGUUUUGGAGCCACCAGUAACUUUGCAAGAGUAAAGAUGCAAGUAACAAUGUCUCUGGCAUCAUUGGUGGGCAAAGCACCAGAUUUUAAUGAGGAGCACCUGAGAAAAUCCUUGAGGACCAUUUUGGCCUACGCAGAAGAGGACACGGCCAUGCAGACCACCCCUUUCCCCAUGCAGGUGGAGGAACUUCUUUGCAAUCUCAACAGCAUCUUAUAUGACACAGUGAAAAUGAGGGAAUUUCAGGAAGAUCCUGAGAUGCUUAUGGAUCUCAUGUACAGAAUUGCCAAGAGUUAUCAGACGUCUCCUGAUCUGCGGCUGACCUGGCUCCAGAACAUGGCAGAGAAACACACCAAGAAGAAGUGCUACACGGAGGCUGCCAUGUGCUUGGUGCACGCAGCUGCAUUAGUGGCGGAGUAUCUGAGCAUGCUGGAGGACCACUGCUACCUACCUGUCGGCAGCGUCAGCUUUCAGAACAUCUCUUCCAACGUGCUGGAGGAGUCUGCCGUGUCGGACGACAUCCUGUCGCCCGACGAGGACGGGGUGUGCUCGGGCCGGUACUUCACCGAGAGCGGCCUGGUGGGGCUCCUGGAGCAGGCGGCGGAGCUCUUCAGCACGGGAGGCUUGUAUGAGACAGUUAAUGAGGUCUACAAGCUGGUGACCCCCAUCCUGGAAGCGCAUCGAGACUUCCGGAAGCUGACCUCCACUCACAGCAAGUUGCAGAAGGCCUUCGACAGCAUCAUAAACAAGGGUCAUAAGAGAAUGUUUGGAACCUACUUCCGAGUUGGUUUCUAUGGAUCCAAAUUUGGAGAUUUGGAUGAGCAGGAAUUUGUUUACAAAGAGCCCGCAAUUACCAAGCUUCCUGAGAUCUCUCAUAGACUAGAGGGAUUUUAUGGUCAAUGUUUUGGUGCAGAAUCUGUGGAAGUGAUAAAAGACUCUGCUCCUGUGGACAAAACCAAGUUGGAUCCCAACAAGGCCUACAUACAGAUCACUUUUGUGGAGCCUUACUUUGAUGAGUACGAGAUGAAAGACAGGGUGACCUACUUUGAGAAGAACUUCAACCUGCGCAGGUUCAUGUACACCACCCCGUUCACCCUGGAGGGGCGGCCGCGCGGAGAGCUGCAGGAGCAGUUCCGCAGGAACACGGUGCUCACCACCAUGCACGCCUUCCCCUACAUCAAGACGCGGAUCAGCGUCAUCCAGAAGGAGGAGUUUGUUUUGACACCAAUUGAAGUUGCCAUUGAAGAUAUGAAGAAGAAGACCCUACAGUUAGCUGUUGCCAUUAACCAGGAGCCCCCUGAUGCAAAGAUGCUUCAAAUGGUGCUACAAGGCUCUGUAGGAGCCACUGUAAAUCAGGGACCACUGGAAGUAGCCCAAGUAUUCUUGGCCGAAAUUCCUGCUGACCCAAAACUCUAUCGACAUCACAACAAGUUGAGGUUAUGCUUUAAGGAAUUCAUAAUGCGAUGCGGUGAGGCUGUGGAGAAAAACAAGCAUCUUAUCACGGUAGACCAGAGAGAGUAUCAGCAGGAGCUCAAAAAGAACUAUAACAAGCUGAAAGAGAACCUCAGACCAAUGAUCGAGCGGAAGAUUCCAGAACUCUACAAGCCAAUAUUCAGAGUUGAAAGUCAAAAGAGAGACUCUUUCCACAGAUCUAGUUUCAGGAAAUGUGAGACCCAGUUGUCACAGGGCAGCUAAGAAAAGCUGUCUUCACCUACGGAGACCGAGGCCCUGAAACCCUGGAGAGAGACUCCCUGGUACUUAAACAACAGGACAUUUGCCCCCCAGGACAGACCACCUCCUCCUUGACCUGCAGCACUCUGGAAGCUUUGGGGUCUAUGGGGCUGUGGGAAUUACCCUCAGAUGGACUCUGGCCAGAUUUGGGCCCUACAGGGAGUGGGGAGGGGGGAGGGGGGUUAAUGAGGGGGCCCGUGUAUUUAUUAAAGCACAUUUUCCCAAGAUUGUACAGAACAAGGUAUAAGCAGCUUCUCCUGGUCAGUGGUCAGUCACUGUCUAGUUGGAGGGAUGACUUCCUCUCUCUUACAUUUGGAUUCACAAGAUAAACCCAGACUGCCUGAGGGAAUAUGGAAAAGUUGUACAUCAGCCUAUUCAAAGUGGACUUCACUCAUCCUCUCUUCAUGGGAAGGGAGGAUGAGCUUGGGGGAGUGGGAAAUACUGUCAGUAAAUCUGUGAGGGGAGAAGAGGCCUCUCUAGAAAUCCAAAAUCAUGAUGCAUAGAAGUUUAGAGAUAGAUUAUUUGUGAACUUGUUACCCUUUUAGUAAUGGUGGGCUAAUUGUUGUGUAAUUAUUUUUGCCUUAUUGUUACUGUUAUAUUAAGUUAAAUUAAUAUGUUUAUAGAAGAACACAGUCAAAGCACUGAUUUAGGAGAUACAUGGUACUCUGAAUAGUCAGCCAAAAAUUACAGACAUUUUGCAUUCACUUCAAUUGAAACAAUUUUCCUAUAAUGCUUUGCAAUUUUUCUUUCAUAUGCCCACUCUUGCUCACUCUCUUCUUUUUCCUUCUCUGGGACCAAGUUUAAUUUAUAAAAGGAUAAUAGCUCUGCUUUCAUUUCUGAACACUGUGCUGUCAGCAUAUGUACAAAAUAUAUUCAGCUUUGAAUUAUUUUGGCAAUGUACUUUAGGAGAAAGAGGAACAAAGUUAUUGUUUGAAAAUUAAAUUAUAUAUAUUUUUAAUGUGAUUAUGUUCGUUGAUACUAAAAAUGUAAUAAGAAUUGCAAGCAAAAUGUUUCCCCUUGCAACUCUUAUUUUUUAUUUCGACAACUAUGAAAGUUUUUUACAGCACUUCUGAGAAGAAAGAUACCUAAGGGGGAUCUUGUUCAAAUAGUGCUUUCCAGUGUGGCUCCUCUCAUACAAUCUUUAAUCCCGGUCAUCAAGAGAGAGAAUUUAGUUUGGCUUUUCCAGAAUCUUUUUGUUCUGGAACCACAAUGCAUGAAUUUAUAUUUUGAAUGAGGACUUUUUAAAAAAUAACUAAAGCUUACUAAUUUAAGUGCCAACACUUUUUAUGUUUUUAAACAUUUGGGGCAGCACUUUUUCUAAAGUGUAUUAUAUACUUACGUGCUUCCUUAAGUGGGUACAUGACAUAAAUUUACUUCCAUAUGUAUUUAGCACCUUCUGUUUAGAAGACACUGUAUGAGACAUAAGGUUAUAAAAGAUUGGUCCUGUCCCUGAAAGUAUCAGUUUAAUAUGUCAGAUCAUGUGCAUGUACAUGUACAUAGUAACAAUACAAACAGGUUAGAAGAGGGCCUAUAGGAUAUAACGUUUUCUAGAGUGACUCAGGGAUGGCUGUUAUUAUCAACACCCAUUAUAUUCUGCCCUAAAACAAUAAUGAUUAGAGGCUCUAGGUUAUCUAGGGCUUGCUGUUAACCCUGAUAGCCCUAAUAAUUCUGAUAAUCUAAGAUAUUCCUGAUUAGUUUAGAUACCUGGUAUCUUUUUUUUUUCUUUUUUUUUUUUUGGUAGGCUCUACCCCCUAGCCCAGUACUCAACACACAGAAAUCACUCAAUAAAUAUUGAAUGAAUAGAGUGUAAGUCUUCUUCUAGAACAGCCCUGUCCAACAGAAAUCUAAUGCAAGCCACAUAGGUACAUCUAAUUUUUCUAAUAGCCACAUUGUUUAAAAAAGAAAAAGAAAAAAGUAAAAAGAAACAGGUGGAAUUAAUUUUAAUAUUAUGUUUAGCCCCAUAUAUAUAAAAUAUUAUCAUUAAAAUAUGUAAUCAAUAUAAAAAGUAUUGAGAUAUUUUACAUUCUUUUUUUUCAUACUCAGUCUUCAAAAUAGGUGAGUAUUAUACACUUAGCAGCAUAUCUCGCUCCAGAUCAGUCACAUUUCAAGUGCUUAAUAGCCACCUGUGGCUAGUGGCUACCAUAUUGGACAAUGCAGUUGUAGAAACUUCCCACAUUUCUAGCAUGAUGCCUCUGACGUGUGGUCUCAAAAUAUAGAUAACCAAAUUACUGAGAAUAGUGUUUAAAGCAAGCAUGCCUGUGUUCUGCUUGAGAGCCCCAUGGGCUUGCCCAGGAGUGAAGCUUGUGAGUUGGGGAAUAUGGACUUCUCAGUAUUGGUUUUGGCUGGUCAUACUCCCUCUGAGUUGGUUCUCAGCUCUUUUCUCAAUUCCAGAUAGUUUGGCUGUUCUUUAAUGGUUAUUAAUAAAGUAGGGGCAUUACUACCUUAUUUAAGUAAUGGCACAAAUAAAGAACUUUGGCAUUGGUCCUCUGAUUAUAUAUUCUAAAUAUGGGGUUAGGAAAGAAGCAUUUAAACAUUCCUAAGAGUAAAGCAAAGUAGGCCUUUAGUUUCCUGAAAAUUAAAGAAACCUGAUAUGCCAUAAUAGCCAUCUUGAGUUUAUUCUGGAAAGCCCUUCUGUAAAAGUUUAAUCAGUAUUUUCUGAUUAGCUCCAUGCCUCUCCUCCCUCAACAAGAUCAAGACUGCAAUGUUACUAUCUCACGAGAAUCUCAGGAAAAUGAAACAUGAUUUUACCAUAUAGACCUGAUUGGGUUUGUCAUGCCACACAUCAUCUUAAACUCCAUGAUUCCACUCUCUAAGAAAUGCUUCCAUGACAAUAGAUGUGUUUUUAAAGGAAAACAAACUUUUAGAGCAGUCAUUGUGACUGCAAGUACUUUUUCAAAGACAGGGAACCUUUUUAUGCUAUGAAUGUAUUUUUAAAUGCUUGUUAUUUCAAAUGUUGUAAAGCUACUAUUGAUUAAGUAUCAUUUUGCAAAAAACUAAAGCUUCUAAUACAUUCCCAGAAUGCCAGGUAUGUCCACAAAUGUCCUGUGUAUUCUUUUUGGGGGGCUUAAGGCACUGUUUCCCAAACUUUUUCACAUCGUGGGUAUAAAAGUUAUCUGUUGCUGCAUAUAGCAAACUACCCCAAAACUCCUUGUCAGUUUAAAACAACAAUAAAUGCUUGUUAUUUCA